AUGGCGAACCAAACGCCAGCCGUUGUCAUGGACAACGGUACGGGCUUUUCAAAGCUUGGUUUCGCCGGCAACGACUCACCGUCCUUCGUCUUCCCGACUGCAAUAGCGACAAAAGCACCUGCGGGUGGCUCCGGGGGGACUGGUUCAGGUAGACCUGCUGUUGCGAACAAACCUUCCCGCUUAACUGGCGGUGCGGGCCCGACUGGUCAUCUAUCAGGGAAGCGGGGGACCGAGGAUCUCGACUACUUCAUCGGCGACGAAGCUCUCGCGGCAGGAAAUGGACCGGGAUACGGAACACAUUGGCCUAUUCGACAUGGUCAAAUAGAGAACUGGGACCAUAUGGAACGUUUCUGGUCGAAUUCCAUUUUCAAAUACCUACGCGUGGAACCCGAAGACCAUUACUUCCUACUAACGGAACCACCUCUGAACCCUCCCGAGAACCGAGAAAACACAGCCGAGAUCUUUUUCGAAUCCUUCAACUGCGCCGGUCUAUAUAUUGCCGUCCAAGCUGUACUUGCUCUAGCAGCGUCGUGGACAUCAGCAAAGGUGCACGACCGAUCGCUCACGGGCACCGUCAUUGAUUCGGGCGACGGUGUCACACACGUCAUCCCCGUUGCCGAGGGAUAUGUCAUCGGUUCUUCGAUCAAGUCGAUUCCAAUUGCUGGCCGUGACCUUACCAGCUUCGUGCAGUCCAUGCUCCGAGACCGAGGCGAGGCCGACAGCUCAAUGAAGACGGCCCAGGAGAUCAAGGAGGAAUACAGCUAUGUGUGCCCCGAUAUUGUCAAAGAAUUCGCAAAAUACGACCGUGAUCCGAGCAAAUUCAUCAAGCACACCGUGACGCAACCUGGCGGCCGCCAAGUCAGCGUCGACGUAGGCUACGAACGUUUCCUUGCUCCCGAGAUUUUCUUCAACCCCGAAAUUUACUCCUCCGACUUUCUGACCCCGCUCCCAGUCGUGGUGGAUGGUGUAAUCCAGCAAAGCCCGAUUGAUGUGCGUCGUGGGCUUUACAAGAACAUCGUGCUUUCCGGCGGUAGCACUCUGUACAAGGAUUUCGCCCGACGUUUGCAGCGGGACGUCAAGCAUCUGGUAGACGCGAGAAUCCGGGCCAGCGAAGUAAAGAGUGGCGGAGCAAGAAGUGGUGGUCUGGAAGUGCAGGUUAUCAGCCACAAGCGCCAAAGACACGGACCGUGGUUCGGGGGCAGCUUGCUAGGACAGACACCCGAGUUCCGCUCAUACUGCCACACCAAGGCUGAGUACGACGAAUAUGGUCCAGGAAUCGUGCGAAGAUUUGCCCUGCUCGGAGGUCCGGGUGGUUCGUAGUUUCUUUAGCCCAAGGGGUUUGUUUAUAAGAAUUAGACGGCGAAAGGUGUCAAAAGCUGUCAUGUACGGAAAAGCGAGGCAGA